AUGCGUCUUCGGAUAAAAGAGCCCUUGCUAAAUAUAAACACUUCUUUGGAAGCAACGGAUCUAACUGAUCUUCGCUCGAAAAUUUCAGCAGAUAUCUCUGGAGAAGCAGCUUCCGAGAAUCAUUUCGAUCUUUCACUAAACGGGACCGAUAUGUUGCCUCUAAGUGGAGCUUUUUCUGAUCAUGGAAUCGUCGCUGGUGACAGAAUUCGAGUUCAUCUAGUUGCUUCUAUUUCCACUCCUCCCCCUCUUGGCGAUAUUUUCAGUCUACUAAAGUUUCGACUAGAUGUCGACACAAGCGGGCAAAAAACGUACAGUUAUGGCCCGAUUCCAGGAGCAAAAAUGAACUUCAUCAAAAGCGACAUUCCUUCAUCUACAAUUUACGUCGUAAAUUUAAUCGGAACAUACGAAGCUACAGUUUUCACCGAAUCGUUUGUCGCCAAUUCUGAAGACGAGAAGGAGAAGCUGACAGAAAUACUCCCCAAAGUUGUUUUAAAGUUCAAAGAGUUGAGUGGACUAGCGAAAGGAUUUCUCGCCCUUCCGGACGAAAUCCUCCUUGAUAUCUGUGCCCGUCUCGAUGCUAAAAGCCUUGUGAGACUCAGUGCCACGUGCAAGCGACUGCAAAAAGUGGGAAGCGAUGAAAGUCUAUGGAAAAGACUCUACUUUAAAAAUUUCACCACAAUUGGGUUGGACGAAGCAUCAUGGCGAAAAUUGUACGGACUAUCUUACCAACGGGACAAGUCCGCAGCUAGACCACGUGGAACUCAAUCGGAGCCGAAUAUCCAAGUUCCUCCUCGGCCGAUUUUCCCCGAUCCAUUGUUCCCCGCGCCUCGAUUCCCAGGAGUUCCAGGAAUGAUCGGAGGCGACUACGAUUUGCGACCAGGAAUGCCGAUGCCGGGCGGAAUCGGCCCGAUUCGCGGGGACCCCCCUUUUGCACCAGGAGCCUUUCAAGAUCCGGAUAUGUUUGGCCGUCGAGAUCCUGACGCUCCAGAUUUCCCAGGAAAUCACUUCCCCAGAGGAGGCCCGAGAAGAGGGUUUUUCUUGAAUGAAAUGAACUUGGAGCUAUUGGAAGCGUAUGGGCAAAACUACACUUAUCCAGAAGAGUUCGACGGAGUCUUAGACUCGACGAACAACACUCUCGCCGCGAGCUUCAAUCGUCGAGGAAGUCUUCUCGCCACGGGCUGCAACGAUGGGCGAAUUGUCAUUUGGGACUUUCUGACGAGACGGACGGCGAAAGUUAUUCUCGCGCACACUUCUUCCAUUUGUUCAGUGGGCUGGAAUCGCAAAGGGAACAAGCUUGUCACGGCGGGAACAGAUCACACCGUCGCUAUUUGGAAUGUGCUCACCAACGAGGCCGAGUACAGUUUUCGAUUUCCUGGGCCCGUUCAAUCCGCUUGUUUCAACCCACGAAAUGACAAGCAACUACUCAAUUCUUCAACGAACUCAGAUUCGAAGCCGCCUGAUUGUAGGAACAGUGUAAUAAUGAGCCAGAAAAAGCGGAGCUUGCUUUCACCAAUUUCAGACGAUGAUUUUGUAACACAUCGCAAAAAAUACACAAUCUGGACGAAAAUAUUUACAUUUUCCCUUCUCUUCCUUUUUGUCGUCUUAUUCAGCUCCUUUUGGAUCAUUUGUGACUGGCGUCUAGCAGACAGCUUUAACUCUUCGUUAUUCACGCGCAUCAUGCUUCCCUGCAUCUGCUUUGUCAUUUCUUUGAUAGCAAUUAUUUGCAUUGCCAUGAUUUUAUAA